UGGUUUUCCUGGUUCAUCUUGUUUAUAAGUGGUGCAGGUGAAUAUUGGCGGUACUAUUGCUUUACAGUUCCAUUGUUCUGGGUCCUGUCCAACGUGUAUAGCAUAUUAUUAUAAUAGCAUUGGUACCAUUGUCUAGGGUCUGGGUACCAUAAUGCGGCUAGAGCUACUUUUCAACCGAGGCUAGGGCGUGGCUGUGGUUUUAUGCAUGCAUACAUAGAGGAGGAGGUCUAGUCUACCGGAUAUUAUAGAUAUAGAUAGAAACAGGGCGAUUCCUAGUCAGGCUCCGCCUGACUAGGCGAUUCCAGUAUAGAGCAACUCACUGUCACCCUCGCUGAACUGUUCUUGUACUGUACUGUCUUGUACUGUAGUACUGUCUUUCACUGUUACUGUCAGUCUCACUAAUGUCUAGUGUCAAUGACUCAUCGAUGGCAGAAACAGAUCAGGAUAUAUCAGAUGAUCUUAAAACAAACGACGAGCUACUUGAUGAAAUAGUUGAACACCAGGAAGCCAAAUUAUCCAACCUACAAAACAAGCAUGAAUACGAGCUGCAACAAAAUCAAAGACGACUUGAAGAAUAUGAGCGAACCAUUCGUGAGCUUCAGGAAAAGCUUCAAGUGACAGAUGAAAAAACUAGUGCCAACCUUCGCCAGUUUGAUGAAGAAGGAGGGAGAUUUGACAAAGAAGAAAAAGAAAAACUAUCACGUUUACACCAGCGCCUGCGUGAUGAUCAGCGUACACUUGUUGAUACGCAUCAUAAUAAAGUCCUGCUUGAAGAGCAAAAUACAAGGCUUCUAAACGACUUACGUGAUACCAGGCAAAUGGUUGCUAGUAUGAAGAAAGGAUUGGGAAGUGGCGACAAAGCUGAUGGGACUGGAGCUCAAGAACUCAUCAAGUCACUAGAGAUGAAGCUAAAUAUGAAAACAGCGGAAAGUGAGAAAUUGAAAGAUAAACUAGAAGAAUUGCGUCAAAGGAUUGAGUCACUUCAGAAGGAAUCGCAAAACAAGGAGAUAGCAAGUAAUGAAGCUACUGAACAGACAGCUGAUUCAGAGGAAGCUGAAGGUCAAAUUAAUCACCCUAUAAAUUCAGGUGAAAUUACUAAAUGGCUGAAAGAAGGUGUUGUUGAACUAAAGAUCAAACGUAUCAAUAUGCUGGGUCCACCUGGCUCUGGUAAAACUUGUUCUUUACGUCUCUUACUAAAUGAAGAUCCACCUGAAGAAGAUGUCACUGACAGUACACCAAUAGCUUGCCGUGCUGUCAAAGCUACAAGGAUUUCCUGCAGUAAGGGUGCUUGGGAGAGAAUCGGCAGCGAAGCGCUUCUCGAGAAAUUAGCGUCUGAUUUAGCAGCAUACGUCGGGAAACAUCCAAAACCAGUUGAUUCACUUCAUAAUAAUCAGCAACAAGGAGAAUUGAUGGAAUGCAAAAGCUCUGAAGCAACAGAUGCACCUGAUUCAACAGAUAGCCAGAACUCUUGCUAUACAAAAAUUUUAGAAGCCAUAAAAAGUGGAGAAAAAAUCCACUUGAAUCAAUCUUGGGUGUACAUUGUAGAUUCUGGUGGUCAGCCAGCAUUCCAGGAGUUACUCCCUUUGUUUGUUAGAAGAGCAUCUCUCAAUAUCGUUACACUUGAUCUUUCUCAAGGUCUUGAUCAACGACUUGAAUGUAAUUUUCGAAUUCGUGGAGAGUUGUUUCCGAUUGAUUCAUUUUUUGCAUCAAAUAGAGAGUUUUUCAAAAAAGUAGUUUGCUCUGGAGACAUGUGCCCCAGUAAUAAACCACUGCCCCAAGAAGCCCAAUGUGAUGCUCAACCAAUGCAUUUCAUUCUUGGUACUCAUUUUGAUAAAGUGAGUCAUGAGGAGUUUAAAGAAGUUAAUGAUGCAUUGACAGUCGAUUUAUCAAAAUCUUCUUCUGAAGACCAAGUUUAUUAUUACAAAGAAAAUGAAUCAGAAAUGAUAUGCCAUGUCAACACCUUAAUUCCUAAAGGUGAAGAGAGAAGUCAAGUUUCUCAAGAAAUUUCUAAGUUUAUCUACAAUUGUGUAUCGCGUAAGUUAAAAAUACCAAUUCGAUGGUUUGCCUUUGACCUAUUCUUACAAAUGGAGGCAAAAAAUAAAAAUAGCAGCUACCUUAAGAUACAAGAUGUUUUAUCUACUGGGGAACGCCUUAAAAUGAAUAAAGAUGAUACAGAGAAGGCUCUAGAGUAUCUUCACGAAGUUACCAUUAUUCUCUAUUAUCCUCAAGUUUUACCAGACAUAGUGUUUGUUGAUCCUUGUACUAUUCAUGAUACUCUCACUCGCUUACUUUCCCUGACAUAUGUCAAUCGUAGUUCAUAUCACCUAAUUUUAAAGGAAGAUGAAGAAAUUUCAAAGCAGGAGGUAAAAGAUCUUUCUAAAAAGGGCCUUUUCACCUUAGACUUGUUUGAAAAGUUGCCCGAUAUCCCUGGAAUUUUAAAGUCUGAUCUCACCGAGCUUUUGUGUCAGCUGCAUAUUAUUGCCAAGAUAGGGGAAAAAAGUUAUUUUAUUCCUUCUGCAUUAAGCUGUUAUAAUGGCCCACCCUUAACGAAAGAUAAUAUAAAGCCACUGGUUAUAGUCUGGCUUAACCAAGAUAACAAAAAUUUGCCUGUUCCUCAAGGGAUCUUCUGCUCAGUCAUAGUUCAAUUGAUAAAUGAAGCAGCGCUUAAAUUUUCGAUGCCUGGUUCCCCAUCAGAAGGCUCUUUUAUUUAUAGAAAUGCAAUGUCAUUUCAAAUUCUGAUUGAAAAUGAAGGAUGUGUUGGCACUCUUCACUUCAUCAACAAAUACAAACACAUCGAACUUUAUUUCACUGGAGAUGACCCUGCAAAAUACUGUCCAUUGGUUCGUGAGAUAGUGAUGAAAGCUAUCGCUGAGAGUAGCAAGAAGAUCAGAGUUGAUGAAGGCAAGCCCGUGCCUGCUUUUGAAUGUCCCGAGACAGAGGAUUGCUACUGUCUAGUCAUAGACGAAGAAGAUGAAAGAAGCCAUUGCACCUUUCCUAAAUCAGCAGAAGUUAUUAAAGGACAAGAAAGUUACUGGAAUUGGUUUCAUGCUCCCAGACACAAUAACAGUGAAGUAUGUCAUACUCACUUGAAUAUAUGGCAGCUAGAUGAGAUUUAUUGCACAUUAACCAAUGCAUUAUUUAGCACAUCUGAAUGGGAAAAUCUUGGUUACAAAUUAGGUUUAAUUCAACCUAUAAUAAGUACCAUUAGAUCUGAUCGCCAAACUUCUGAUGAACGGCUUAGGGAAGUGCUAACAAAAUGGCUACAACAAGCUGCCUCUGCUGCUACAUGGCCUUUAUUACUCAAAGCUCUUGAAGAAGCUAAUCGAAAAGAUGUGGCUGAAAAAAUUAGAUGCAAAAUACAAGCCACUGCAAAAUAAUAUUGCUUUCUCAAUUAAACUAAGUAAUGAUUUAGCUGUUUUGUUUUAUUGAAAGCUUAUUUUUGCUGCUACUAAUUAAUUUUAUUAACUUUUAAAUAACUGAUGUAG